AUGUCGACGUCUACAACACCAGCGCCAGCAUCUCAAAAUGCACCAACGUCGUUCUGGGAAGGCCUCUUCCACUCGGUCUUCACACCAGAAUACAACACGAUCCCACAACGAAUCAUGAACUUUUCCUUCUACGGCCUCUUCGUCGUGCUCUUCGUUCUGGUCUUCCUGACCAACUACAACCCACACGUCAUCGCGCUACUCACCAUGGCUGUAGGGCUGUGGAUGAGCGUCAACUGGUUCAUGAAGGAGCUCGCAAAGAUGCCAGCCUCGAGCAGGGACAUCCAGCAGAUGCCGACGACGGAGGAGACCAAGAAGAACCUUUGA